UGGAUGGGUGCUACAUGGUUUGUCCUCCUGCACUAUGCUCAACCAGAGCAGUGAAGAUGAUUUUACAGUUGUGGGACUGUUAAAUGUUACAGACACUAACAUCCCUCUGUUCAUUGUAUUCCUUCUUAUUUUUCUAGUAACCCUCAGUGGAAAUCUUAUCCUUAUAACUGUUGUGAUCAUGGAUCAGUCUCUGCAGACUCCAAUGUAUUUCUUCCUGAGCAAUCUCUCUUUUUUGGAGAUAUGGUACACAACUACAAUUGUGCCCAAACUUUUAGUCAACCUACUGCUAAAAAGCAAUACCAUCUCCUUUGCUGGAUGCAUGACUCAACUGUUCUUCUUUGUCUCAUUUGGAGCCACUGAGUGUUACUUGCUCCUAGCAAUGGCUUAUGAUCGAUACAUGGCCAUUUGUAAACCUCUUUACUAUUCAAGACUGAUGGACACCAGAACAUGUCUCCAGCUAGUUGCAGGCUCAUGGGUAACUGGAAUGAUGACAGGUCUAAUUCCUUCUCUGCUUAUUUCUAAGUUAGAUUUCUGUGACUCUCACCAGAUAAAUCACUUUUUUUGUGACAUCCCACCUCUCCUGGAGAUUUCAUGUAGUGAUAUCUACCUUACAGAAAUCUCCAUAUUUAUUCUGUCUCUCAUUGUGCUGUUUGGCUCUUUGAUGUUGACUUUGGUGUCCUAUCUAUCCAUUGUGAUCUCUAUACUUAAAAUAAAAUCUAACAGUGCGCGGAAUAAGAGUUUUUCCACUUGUGGAGCUCACCUGACUGUAGUAUUGCUCUAUUAUGGAACAAUGAUAUUUAUGUAUGUCCGGCCCCACUCCAACUACUCUUCUCAUAUGAAGAAAUUUGUCUCAGUUUUUUACACUGUUAUAACUCCUGGUCUAAAUCCUAUCAUCUAUAGUCUAAGAAACAAAGAAGUUAGAGGAUCACUUAAAAAGAUUGUACGAAGAAUGCUACCACAAUUACAAGACAUUACAAAAAAAAAUCUUUCAGUCCACAGAAAUAUAAGCUGCAUUUUCUGAUUUUUGGAAGCCAUUUCUUUAUACUUACAGCAUCAGCAAAAUUCCUAUAUACAAAUUUUUUUGUCAAAACACAACAAAUAACAACUAAAGCUGGCCAUAGAGGGAUUUAAAUUCAGCUGGAUCAACAGGGACCGGUUGAACUUCGAUCCGUGUGUGGCCAUCCCUGUUCAACAGAAGUUAUUCAUUAGAUCAACUUCUGUUGAAUGGAAAAGCUGGAAAUUGUUUGUUGAUCACUGACCACAGCCAAUCAGCUGCUACAGCUGAUCAGUUUAUCCUAAAAACCUGCUGUCCGAAUACAAUGUCCAAGUCGAGGGAUAACUAAUCCACCUCACGUGUGCGAUGGAUAAAUCAGUUUAUUUGUUUUUUUCCUUCAGCCCAGGAUCAUCUAUGGCCAGCUUAAGUCUGUUCUCUCUUGGGUCUUUCUGAUUUUACACAAACAUUAUGAAGGACCAGCUUUUCAUCCUGUAUAAACACUUGAUGUAACAUUUUGUCCUUUCCUACUUUAGAGGAAAACGCACAGAACGAAGAUCUGCCUGUGUAAACAAGGCAGGGUUUCAUUCUGAAGGGGGGGGA